AUGACAGCCAUCGCAAUUGAACUUCCCCAAGUUGAAUCUGAUAACGUUAUUUUAACUGUGGAAACAAAAGAUUAUAUGGAUCAGGAUUAUAUCAUACAAAAAUUAGAAUGUUACCACUUAAAAUCUGCCCAACACCUUACCCCAACUUCCUUCUCUAUCAAAAUAGGAUCUGUUCUCUUCAUUAGUGGAGAAUUCAUGAUAGUUGAUGAUAAGUAUGUCAUUCAUCUCCAUAGUGUAAACUUUAUUAAAUACCAAAAAUCAGGUGUAAAUUUAAAGACCCCAGCUAAUCUUCCUUGGCUAAUUGAAUCUAAAGCUAAUAAAUCGAGCACUAAACCCACGUUUCUAAAUGAAGCCCAACUGACUCCAACUAAUGAACCAAACUUUGAAACUACAAUCCAAAAUGUACCUCUGACUAGUGAAUCGAGUGCCAAAAUUACAGCCCAACCUGAAACUCUAACUGAUGAAUCAGGUAUCAAAACCACAACCCAAAAGAUUGCCACACGAGUCAAAAGCAGUAGAAGAAAAACAAUGACUACAAAACCUUAUCUUAGAACAAAAGAAUGUCCAAAAAUUACUGAUCUUGCAAAAGAUGCAUUAAGACAAAAGCAAAAUAACGAUACUCCUGAUUCAUUCACACCUUAA